GUAGAAAGAGAGAGAGAGAGAACGAGAAAGGGACGCGGACGCACGCAAAACCCUCAUCAUGAAACACCCACAGUCGGCAAACCCCAAGCCCACCGUCUUCAAGUGCUUCCUCCUCUCCCUCCUCUCCCUCCCCUUCCUCCUCCUCCGCCACCACCUCCGCCCCCAUCCGCCCUACCCUCCUCCCUUAUCCUCCUCCUCCGGCGACCUCAGGAUCAGACCCGGGUACACCUCCUACGAGGCCUACAUCCAGCGCCAGCUCAAUAAGACCCUCAACCCGAGGCUCCGCCGCGUCUGGACCACCCGCGACUGGGACCGCAAGGUCUCCGCCUUCGCCCGCUUCUUCUCCGACCUCCAGCGCCGCCGCCUCCUCUCCAACUCCUCCCGCGCCCUCUGCGUCGGCGCCCGCGUCGGCCAGAAGGUCGAGGCCCUCCGCCGCGUCGGCGUCGCUGAUUCCGUCGGCAUCGACCUCGUCCCCGCCCCGCCCCUCGUGGUGGAGGGCGACUUCCACCAGCAGCCCUUCGCCGACGGGGAGUUCGACUUCGAGUUCUCGAACGUGUUCGACCACGCGCUGUACCCGGGCCGCUUCGUCGGGGAGAUCGAGCGGACGCUGAGGCCCGGCGGGGUGUGCGCGCUCCACGUGGCCCUGGCGCGGCGCGCCGACAAGUACUCCGCGAACGACCUGCUCAGCGUGGAGCCGCUGGUGGAGCUGUUCAAGGGAUCGGCGCUGGUGCAUGUCCGCAAGGUCGACGGCUUCGGGUUGGACACCGAGGUCGUUUUCAGGAAGAAGAUUCGCCAACCGCUUUUGUAAUUUUCUUUUCUUCCUUUUCCUUUCCUUAAAAAAGAGUUUUCUGUGUAUAUUCUGUAAUCUCGUGACCUUUUUUAUCUUAUAAAAAAAGGAGAAAUUCUUUAA